GCAAUUUAUAGGAAAGAUGACAAUUUCUAAAAGUAUUCUUCUUCUACUUUUGGGUGUUGUGACAACUUUGUUCUCUAUAGUUUUGGCUACACCAGGGACUGCUACAUUUUAUACGAGCUAUGUUCCCUCGGCGUGUUACGGAAGCACACCGCAAGGUGCCAUAAUAGCAGCAGCAAGCGACCCUCUUUGGGCCGGUGGAAAAAUAUGUGGGAAAACUUUCAAUGUGACAUGUACUGGACCAACAAAUCCAGUGCCACACCCUUGCACAGGCCGAAGUAUUGUGGUCAAGAUUGUUGAUCAUUGCCCUAGUUGUGGUGGAACCCUAGAUCUCUCUAAAGAAGCCUUUUCAACCAUUGCUAAUCCCGUGGCUGGCGUUAUAAAGAUCGAUUACGCCCAGACAUCAUGAGGACAUCAAGAUAUCUUAAACAUGCUUCUUUAUAGAAGAAGGAGCUUGGAAAUCAAGUUUAUACUAUAGUCUAUAGUAUAUGUAGAACUAUAUUCCUUAGUGAAGUUGAUUUGAUCUAUUCACAAUUUGAUACAUGUACUUGAUUAAUUCUAAAGGAAAAGAGUUCAUUAAUUCAUCUUUUAAUUUCUUUGUUCCUAUUGGUUUUAAUUUUAUGUUUCAGCCUAACAUCUUGAAACUUUUAAGUGCUCAUGACUUUGUUCUCCUUAAAUUCUCCCUCCAAGUACCAAAAAAAAAAAAAAAAAAAAGAAGCAAUAAAUGAUUCUUGAUCCUCAAAAAUGUCAAAAAAACCUAAAACAAGUUUAAUUAGCCAAAUCGACUUGCGCUGGUUCUUUUUCAUAGGAUACUCUUAAUAUAAUAAAAUAUUGUUCGUUUUAGUCUAAACCUGCACGAUUUUUCUCAAAAGGCCUCAUAUCAAUAAAAAAUCCUACACCUUAUAUGUAACUUCUCAAUAUUUUUAGCUACUAAUGCGAGACUUAAUUUGUUUGCAUACCAACAGUU